GGUCCCUUUGCUGCGUACAAGCGGCCGCCUGAAGUUUUCAUUGUCGGCUGCAAUGAGUGGGUCUUUUCUCUGGCCUCCCUAAGCUCUUCAGCUUCCCCACCCUGCCACAGGCAAUACUUUUCUUCUCUACUUUGCGUUUCUUAUUUUUUCUAUUACUCAGGGCAACCAUCUUACCUAGAGGCCACAUGUUGAAACUCCAAGUCAGAGGUUGAAUUAAAGAUGACAGGCCCAUCUGGGGGCAAAUUUAAGCCUUGCUAGUUUGAUAUUGGGUGCUAAGCAGAGUGGCUAAUGUCUUUGUUUUAUCACACGUAUUUUGCUCUGGCCAGAAUGGAAAAAACAUAAUUUUCCUUUAUGAUACGGCUUGGCCCCCAGGGCAAUGAUGCUGCAAGCUUGAACACUAGGACCACUAAGGGAAAGGGAACCCAGAAGCCUGGGAUGCUGGCAAAAGGUUGAUUAUGGAAGAUUCCCACAAGAGUACCCCGUCAGAGACAGCACCUCAACCUGGUUCAGCAGUUCAGGGAGCUCACAUUUCUCAUAUUGCUCAACAGGUAUCAUCUUUAUCAGAAAGUGAGGAGUCCCAGGACUCAUCCGACAGCAUAGGCUCCUCACAGAAAGCCCACGGGAUCCUAGCACGGCGCCCAUCUUACAGAAAAAUUUUGAAAGAUUUAUCUUCUGAAGAUACACGGGGCAGAAAAGGAGACGGAGAAAAUUCUGGAGUUUCUGCUGUCACUUCUAUGUCUGUUCCAACUCCCAUCUAUCAGACAAGCAGCGGACAGUACAUUGCCAUUGCCCCAAAUGGAGCCUUACAGUUGGCAAGUCCAGGCACAGAUGGAGUACAGGGACUUCAGACAUUAACCAUGACAAAUUCAGGCAGUACUCAGCAAGGUACAACUAUUCUUCAGUAUGCACAGACCUCUGAUGGACAGCAGAUACUUGUGCCCAGCAAUCAGGUGGUCGUACAAACUGCAUCAGGAGAUAUGCAAACAUAUCAGAUCCGAACUACACCUUCAGCUACUUCUCUGCCGCAAACUGUGGUGAUGACAUCUCCUGUGACUCUUACCUCUCAGACAACUAAGACAGAUGACCCCCAAUUGAAAAGAGAAAUAAGGUUAAUGAAAAACAGAGAAGCUGCUCGAGAAUGUCGCAGAAAGAAGAAAGAAUAUGUGAAAUGCCUGGAAAACCGAGUUGCAGUCCUGGAAAAUCAAAAUAAAACUCUAAUAGAAGAGUUAAAAACUUUGAAGGAUCUUUAUUCCAAUAAAAGUGUUUGAUUCCUAAGAAAGAAAAUAUUUCUGUGGACAUGCAUAAAAAUUAAAUGGAUUUCUUAGUGGAGUUUUAUAAAUUAAAAGGUCAAAACUGAAGCUUUUUAUUUAGGCUUUUCCAAAUCAAGGAUAAAUAUCUUACGCACGAUAUCUAGUGACAGAGGAGAAAGUGGAAAAUGACCUCAAGGAAGCUACGGGCACAACUGGAAGCUUUGUAGAAAUAAUUAAACAUAUUCAAGGAGCAAGAAAUGAACUUUCAGCAGUCUAAAUUUUCUAAAUAACCAAUAGUUGCCAAUCUAAAAUGGCAGAGAAGAUGAAAUUUGAUAAACUGAAUUUUUAAAAAAAAUCCAUUUACCCUACAGGUUUGCAUUUCUGUUUGCUGAAAUUUACCUUUUUUUAGUUAUAUAUAUAUAUAUGUGUGUGUGUGUGUGUGUAAUUUCUGCCAAUAAAUUCUAAAUUACAAAGGUAAGAGAAAACCUAGUACAUUACUAAAUAUAUAAAGUAUGUGUUCUGAUUAUGUAUACUUGUUCUAGUGUCAAGUCUUUUUAAGUGGGUUUUUAAAAGUUUGUUUAUUGGACUUGAAUGGAUUUUUGAGACUAGAUUAAUUAUUUUUGAGGUCUUAUCCUAAAAGGCAUCUAAGGUACAUGAAUGGAGUAUGGUGAUUUUAUAACAUUUUUUAUCAGAAUGGAAAAAGAACUGUUUAAAAGUUUGAUACUUUUAAAUAGUUGGUUUUUUUGCUUACUCUGGUAAUGAUUUUCUACAAAUACAUAAUAAAUUUUUUUUGAUUCUAUAUUCUGUAUGCAGUUGAAUAUCCAUUACUUAUUCUGCUGUGCUUUAAUAGAAUGGAAUGUUUACAGGCCCUUAAAAUAUUAUUUUUUAAAAACCUUCUGAAGAUACAUACCAAAGUUUUUCCAAGAAGAUUUUAUAAUCAAUUUAAUAAUGUAAGGUUUAUCAGAUUCUAUAAUAGUAUAGUUAUUAAGGCAAUUUUAUGUUAGAGACUAUUUUGUAAUGUAGUGAAUGGUACCUUUAUAAGAAAAGUGACUGCCAAUAUAUUUUUAUAGCUGAUCUUUAUAAAUUCUAAUGUUUUAAAUGAUUAUUUUAAAUGUUUAUAUAGUUUAGUAAAAUUUGCAUCUCAAAGUAUCGUUUUUAUAUUAUGGGACAUUUUCAGAUUGGCUAAUAUUUGCAUUGUAAAUUUUGUAUGCAGUUUAUCUAAAAUUCAGAAAUACUGUCAGUACACCAGUGUUUAACAUCUAUAUUCCAAUUUGUAUACAGUUUAAAAUUGUACUGCAAAACUAUUGUGUGCUCUUACACAGUAUGUAUCAUAUUGUUGUCUGUGAAAUUAAAGGACAUUUGAUAGUCUACUGAAUGUAAAAUAUAAUGCUUGGUAUAUGAAUGAUAAGCUUGCUCCUGGCCAUGCUGUUAAUUAUCCUAAUGCUAUGUAGAAAUCGUUACUUAACUGAUACAUUUGUGUUUGACCCUCCUGAUGAAAUUUCUCAUUAAAAGGGUCUUUUAAAAUGGGA